CUUUUCUUCUCCUUAUUCAAAUUUUUUCUUUUCAUUGUAAUUGUAAAUGAGUAAAAAGGAAGAAGUAGAAGAGGUUGUACAGUCAGUGACGCCAAUACUAGUAGCAGCGGAACGAGAGGUAUUAGAGGAAGGAAAAGAAAAGAAAAAGGUAGUGGAGGAUGGAUUUGAACUGGAUGAUUGGACGAUAUCCGAGUUUAUAUCUGAAAAUGACUUUGAUAUGAUUGACAUGUUAUCGGAUGCAUUAGAACAAGUGUCAAAUCAACUGGAUGAAAAGCAACGCGAGUUCUUAGUGAAGAGUACGGAGUGGACAACCAAGACACGCGACAGUCUCAAGAACCAGACCAAGAAAUUAGAGGACCAACGUUCACGUAUCCAGGAGCUUUUGGUGAAACAAUACCACAAGAUUGAUAAACGCAUGAACCGAGACGCAAAGACCGUACAGUUACGAGACAAGAUUUCAUUUGUAGUGGGUGUGGGUAAUGCCUGUGUUGCGCCUGCCCUGGCUCUCAGGUACCCUAAUUCAAUUCCUCUCUAUUACAGUGUUCAAUUGGUUGUACUGGUCAUCUUACGUUAUGUGAUUUAUCGGUCCAGGCGAUGGCAUUAUUUUAUUUUUGAUAUCUGUUAUUUUGUCAAUUGCAUGACCAUGUUAUUCCUUUGGGUUUUCCCUCAUUCCAGUAUCCUGUUCUUGGCUACCUUUUGUAUGACCAAUGGGCCCGUUGCAUGGGCCAUUAUCACAUGGCGAAACUCACUUGUAUUUCAUUCGUUGGAUAAGGUGACUUCGGUGUUUAUUCAUAUAUUUCCUCCGUUAGUGACUUAUUGUAUCAGGUGGAUGCCAGAACUACAAAAGGAUGUCUAUUGUGAAAAUCAGUCGUUUGUGACCUCUUACCGUAACACACGAUUUCCUGCUUUGGGUGAUAUCGAAGGUGAUAUUACCUUCCGACAAGUCAUGAUGUAUUCGACUACCGCCUAUGUGAUUUGGCAAUCUCUGUACUACCUAUUUAUCAUGGUAGGCCGUAAAGACAAGGUCGAAUCAGGUUUACGUUUAACUUCGUAUUCUUGGUUGUUAGAUGAUACCCAUGGUAAAAAAGGUUUUAUUCAGAAUACGGCAUUUAUGUUUGGUGCUAAAUGGAAGGCGGAAAUGUUUAUGUUUUUACAAUUGGUCUACAAUAUUGUUACUUCCAUCCCUACCUUCUUUAUCUACAAGAGUUUUUAUCUGCAUACAGGUUUCUUAAUGGCCAUGUUUGCUGUCAGUGUGUGGAAUGGUGCUAAUUAUUACAUUGAAGUAUUUUCUAGAAGGUAUAUUUCAGAGAUAGAAAACAUCAAGGCAGAAGAUCUAAAAAAGACGAAAUGAUCAUCCCCCCCUCUCCCCUCACCCAUCAUUCACAUGUGACUAGCGAAAGAAAAAACAGAGUUUCCGAAACAUUUGAUUGGAUCCUUUUUUUUUUUUUAUACAUAUACAAUAAAAUAAAAAUAAUUUUUUUUUUA